CAGGGUUCAAUACAUAGUUUGGUACAGUACAAAUACUCCGGGGCGGUGUUACACACGAUGUGAUCUCACAAACCGUCCCGGCCGAGGACCGGGCUUAUCUUGAUAGGCUUGGCAACGUCAGAAUCUAUGACGGUGGAAUGGAUCUCCUCGUCUAAGGUACCUUCAUGCUGAUGGAGAGUCACCAGAGGCAGCAGCAAGAGAUCGCUCGGCUGAAAGAAGUUGAGCAGAAGGCUGCCUUGGACGAGGAGGCCAUGAGUUGCCUUGAUAGGCUUCGGGGCGAGUUGGAGGCCCUGAAGAAGAGGGCUGAUGAGGCCGAUGCGGCCUACCGCCAAGUGGCUGCACACAGGGACGAUGCCCUGGCCAAGUUUGCCGGAGAGAAAGAGGCGCGUGAGGCUGAUCGUCGUCGUGCUAAUGAGGCCGAAAAGGCCAGAGCUGAGGCCGAAAAGGCUGCUGAGAAGGCCACUCAUGCUGCCAUUCAGAAGUUUCUCGUCUUUCUUCGAUCAUGUGGAGGUCGAUCUUCAUGUUCUCUUCGUUGACCUCAGGCUCAUAUUGCUCCACCCGUCGGCUGGGAAUGGUGACCUCUGUGGGUGCCUUUUUCUCGAAGUCGUAGCAUAGGGCAAAGGGUGUUUCGCCCGUCGCCCUUCUCGGCGUAGUACGGUAGCACCACAGAAUGUUGGGGAGCUCAUCGGCCGAGCUGCCUCCUGCGUCUUGGAGUUUCUUUUUAGGCCCUCCAGAAUGGUUCUGUUGGCGUUCUCAACUUGCCCGUUACCUUGAGGGUAGGCUACGGAGGAGAAACGAUGUUUGAUUCCACAUUACUGGAGGAGCUCUUGGAAGGGUGCGGCCUCAAACUGGGUGCCGCUAUCGGAUAUGAUCUCCUGGGGAACGCCGAAACGGGUGAGGAUGUUCUUGUGGACGAACUUCUGGCACCUGGCCCCUGUAAUGCUGGCCAAGGGUUCCGCUUCGACCCACUUGGUGAAGUAGUCGACUGCGACGAUGAUGUAGCGGUUGACGCUGGCGGCUCUCGGUAGGGGCCGAUUAGGUCAAUCCCCCAUCUUGAUAAUGGGAUUGCAGUGCUGACCGGGGCAUAGUUGACGACCGGCCGACCAGGGGCCUUCUGAAGUAGCUGGCACGCGGUACACUUCCUUGCAAGAUUUGCACAAUCCCGUGCCAUCGUCGGUCAGAAAUAGCCUUGGACGACGAGGCAGCGGGACAUGCUGAAAGGACCCUGGUGUGAGGAACAGACGCUGCAGUGGACUUCAUCCAUGGCCACUUCGGCCUCAUCCUGGUGUAGGCAUCGAAGGAGAGUGCCAUUCUAGGAUCUCUUAUAGAGUUUCCCAUCUUCAAUGGUGUAACUUGGGGCCCUGAGUUUGGCUAUCUUGGCCCUCUCCUCGUCCUGGGGUAGCUCUCCAGAAGUGAUGAAGGUCAUGAUAUCGGUGAUCCAAUCCUCUGGUCGAUGUUGAAUGCACAUAAUCGGGCUGACAUGGAUGUUGGACAUACUGAGCUCCUCGAUCUUGGCUAUCUUGGAGAUGUUCUCUGGAGUGUCCGUGCUGAGUUUGGAGAGGAUGUCGGCCUCAGCAUUCUCCACCCUUGGGGUCUGUGUGAUCUCAUGGGUUUCAAAUGCCUUGAGAAACUCCUCAGCCGCCUGUUUGUACUGCCUCAUCCUUCCUUCCUUGGCCUCGUAUGAGCCUUCGAUCUGGACCACGACCAGCUUGGAGUCGCACUUGAUUCUGACAUGCCACGCUUUGAGGUCGACGGUGAGUCUGAGGCCGCUGAAGAGAGCCUCAUACUCGGCCUCGUUGUUGGAUACCCUAAAGUUGAAGCGGAUGGAAUAGUAAGCUCUGAAACCUUCAGGGGAGAUGAGGACGACACCACUCCCACAUGCUUUAGCCGCUGAUGAACCAUCAGUGAAGAGGGUCUGUGUUUCUUCUGGCUCUGGCCCGAGUAUGGUAGCGGCCAUUUCCCUUGCCGUGCACUCGGUGACAAAGUCGGCCAAGGCAUGCCCCUUGAUAGAUGACCUUGGCUUGAUUUCAAUCUGGAACUGGCUAAGGAAGAUUGCCCACUUCACCAUCUUGGAGGAGUUAGUGGGGCUCCGCAUGAGUGCGCCAAGGGGCUGAUGAGUCAACACAUGGACGACAUGGGCCUGAAAGUAGUGCCCUAGCUUCUUCACCGUGUGGACGAUGGCUAGAACCGUCUUCUCAAUGGGGGAGUACCUGAGCUUGGCCUCCCACAGUGUCUUGCUGACGUAGAAAAUUGCCCUCUACACCCCUUCAUGCUCGCGGAUGAGCAUGGGACUGAUGGUCGACGUGCUCACCCCUAAGUACAAGAAUAGGGUUUCACCGGCUUUUGGCUUGGAAAGCACAUUAGGGGACGAAAGGUACUGCUUCAGCUCUUCGAAUGCUUGCUGACACUCCAUCGUCCACUUGAAGUUGUUCGCCUUGCGCAUGAUUUGGAAGAAAGGGAGAGACCUUUCAGCCGAUUUGGAGAGGAAACGGUUCAGGGCCGCAAGGCGUCCCGUCAGCCGUUGUACCUCCUUCACAUUUCGUGAUGCCUCCAUGUCAACAAUGUCCUGGAUCUUCUCCGGGUUUAUUUCAAUGCCCCUUCGGCUGACCAUGUAGCCGAGGAACUUGCCUCCCUGGAUGCCGAAGGUGCACUUCUUGGGGUUCAGGCGGAGCUGGAACUUCUUCAUGAUUUCAAAAAAUUUCCGGAUGUCGUCAGCAUGAGUGGUAGAUUGCUUGCUCUUGAUGAUCAUAUCAUUGACGUAUGCCUCCAUCGUCUGGGUGAGGACUGCUCUGAAGAUUUUGGCUACCAUCCUGGUGUAUGUGGCGCCUGAAUUUUUGAGCCCAGAAGCCAUGACGAGGUAGCCGAAAAUUCUCUCCGGGGUCAUGAAGACCGUCUUCUCGGCAUCAUCUUCAUGCAUGAAGAUCUGGUGGUAUCGCCUGAAGGCGUCCAAGAAUGACAUCAACUCGCAGCCCGCCGUCUCGUCCACCAACUAAUCUGUGUUGGGGAGAGGGAACGGGUCCAUGGGGCACGCUUUGUUCAGAUCAGUGUAAUCAACGCACAUUCUGAACGUCGGUGGCUUCUGGGCGAGGACGACGUUGGCCAGCCAGGUCGGGUACUUCACCUCCUUGAUGUUCUUGAUUGAGAGGAGCAUGGUGAUCUCCCCCUUGACGAAGUCUCGUCUGUCGACCGAAAGGUAGCGCCGCUUCUGCUUGACUGGCGUGGAGGCGGGAUCGACUAACAACCGGUGGGUGAUCACCUUGCGGCUGAUGCCAGGCAUGUUGUCUGGCCCCCACACAAAGAUGAUUGCAUAUGACUGCAGGACUUUGAGUAUGUCAUCAUGUUGGUCCUGUGGGAGUUGCCUCCCAAUUUUUAGGACUCAUUCCGGCCGAGAGGUGUCCAAACGGACCUCCUCAACCUCUUUGACUAGCUCAGCAUGUGGCCUCUCUUCGUCCUUGGCGACAGUGGCGGUGAUAGUGUCUAUCCUUUGCUCGGUGCCUAUGGCCGGCUUUGUCAGCUUGAGGUAGCAUGCUCUGGCUAUCCUCCGGUUCCUCCUGGCGUAGCCGAUGCCACCGCUGGUAGGGAACUUCAAGCACAAGUGCUCCAUGGAGAUGAUGGCCUCCAGGUCCUCUAGUGCUGGUCGCCCCCAUAUCAGGUUGUGGGCACACUCGAGGUUGACCACCAUGAAUUCCAUGUCAAUUUUGGCACGAUAGGAGCCGUCGUCGACCUCCACGGGGAGGACUAUUGUGCCCUCGGCGUCGAUAGAGUCCCCGGUGAAGCCAGACAACGAUGUCUGUAUCGGCUUGAGCAGGGCCUUGUUCAGCCUUAGCUGCUUGAAGGUGUCAUGGUACAUGACAUUGACAGAGCUCCCCGUAUCGAUGUAACUGUGGUGGAUGAUAGAGUUACCUAUCUCACAUCAGAUGACGAGGGCGUCCCUGUGUGAUGCGGAACCCGGAGGCAGAUCCUUUUCGGUGAAGGUGACCGCCUCCGUCCGUUGCCUCUUCGACUAAGGGGGAAUAUGGGAUACUUCGCCAAUGUAUAGGGACUGAGCCCACUUCUUUCUCUGGGUGGCGGUAUCCCCCCAGUGUUGCCCCCCACGAUGAGAUGGAUGUGGUUCUUCUUCGGAGGGGGCUCCUCGAACUCCUCGUCGUCAUCACUGAGUCUGCCGAUCUCACGCUUUUUCGUAGAGGGUUCGCCCCCAUUUUUGCUGGUGUUUACCCACGUAUUUUUGUGUGGGCCACCUUUAACAAAUUGGGAAAGUUGUGGGAGGUGUUCCUGUGGUAACGGCAAUAGGUACAGCCCUGAUGGAUGGCGUAGAUUUCCUUCACCAGCCGAGGAUCCCGUUCAAUGAGAUCAUGUUCCUCGGCAUAAUCGAGGAUGGAGCAGGCCGAGUGAGUGAGGGGGUCUUCGGCCUUUCCAUCCUCAGCCGCCAUGGGCGAUCCUUCUUGUUCUGUCCGCUAGACCCGUGGCGGCUCUGUCCCCCCUGACCUCGGUCCAUGGCCAAGGGUGCACCUGGAGUCUGCGCAGUGUUUGUCUUCUUGGAGGAGUGCUACCCGUCCUUCUUGUGGUUGCGAAGCUCGUCGGCGUCAACGUAUAAGUUCCCCCGCUGGAGCGCCUUUAUGUAUGACCUUGGAGGGUCAGUGAUGAGACUUCUCGCAUAUGGGGUGCCGCGGAGGGCUCCCUGAUAAAGUACAAGGAGGGUGCGCUCAUUAGCCCCCUCAACCUCGUUGGUCUCCCUCGUCCACCGGAGUGAUUCAUCAUGCUGCUGCUUGACGGAGAGGAGAUGGGUGAAGUACUUCUUUGCACGCUUCCUCCCGGCAAAGUGGGUGAGGAAGCAUUGGGCAAGAUCCUGCCAUGAGUCUAUGCUUCCUUCGGGGAGCGCGUUGAACCACUGGUACGCUGGCCCUUCAAGAGUGGAAAGGAUCCAACAACAUAGGUAUUCAUCUGACACAUUCACCAUCAACAUGUUGUUCUGAUAAUGGUUGAAGUGCUCCUGAGGAUCGGCGUUGCCGUCAUAGGGCUUGAUGACGUUGCCUCGGUACUUCUCGGGAAUAGGGGCCGAGAGUACCCUGGCGGUGAAGGGAGUCCUCGUCCUGAUUUGGACGAUGGGGUCUCCUCGGCCUUCGACCAACUCCCUCUCCAGGAUGCUGACCUUGUGCAAGAGGGUGUUAAAGCCGGGAUCCCUGGAUGAGUUGCCUGUGGGAGGGGCGGCAAGCUGUUUCGCCUCCAUCUGAGCGAGCCUUCGCUCUAGCUGGGCGAUUACCUCGUCCUGGGGGUCCCUGGCGGCCAUGGUGGCGCCUUGUGUCUGCAGGCAGGCUGCGUGAGCCGUGUUGAUUUGGUGACGUGUGACUCCCUCGUGCAGCUUCCCUUUGCCUUUGUCCAAGCGGAGCCGAUCCACUGUUCGAGAUACGGACCCCAAGCUCUCCCUUGGUUAUCCAGGCUCACAUUCACCAAUCCAUCCCACCAUACUCUCCGAAACAGGCCGACAACGCGUGUCACCUAGCCUAUUGAAGGCUAGGGCUUUUCCAUGCGCUAGGGUCGGUCUAGCUCGAAGCGGGGAAGCAGGGUGGGAGUGGGAUGACGAUGUGUCCUGGGGCACCACCCCUUCAUCGUUGCCUAUCUUGAUGGCCAACGGCUGGGGCUGAGGAGGCAACGUCGUGUUCUCCCCAUUCCUUGGCAUGAGUGCACUAAGGACGGUGGGGCUCUCGGCCAGACUGGCGAUGAUGGCCGAGAGCGCGGCUUGGAGAUGAGGGUCAACGACGGGAGAAACCGGUUGCCCCAAGGCAUUGUCGCCCUUCUCCGGGUGCUUCUUCUCCAGGUCGAUGCGGGCGUCAGGAGUGCCGCUGUUGAGCUGGUGGCGAAGAUCAUUCGUGAGGUGUUUUUCGGCCGUGGCGUCCUCCUCGUGUUCCCUGUUCUCUUGGGCCUCCGGGAUCGCCUUGCCGAGGAGGUUACGUUUUGACCUUGUUCUUCCCAUUGUCAGUUAGUUGUGUUUGGUGGCGACGAAGGAUGCUAACUUGAAAUCUAGCUCUCAACGAGAGCACCACAUGAUAGACUAAUUGUCUAGAGAGAAGUGAGAGCUAGAGAGAGAAGUGUUAUAAAUGCUUGUUAUUAAUGAUUUGUGAACCCCCUACAACUAGGGCUGAGCAAAACCGACCCUACCCGAAGAACCCGAUCGGGUGAACCCGAUUUUUUGUUAUUGGGUCGGUUGACCCGACCCGAACCCUCGAACCGACCCGCCAACCCGUUAUUUUUUGGACCGACACCCAGCGGGUAGGGUCCUCCUAAUCCCUACCCGAACCGCCCGAAAACCCGACCAAGCCUAAGCCCAGUAGCCCACUUCCCCGGUUCCCCCAAGGCCCCAACUCCCCAAGCCUAUAAGACCAUUACCCAACUCCCCAAGCCCAUUAGCCCAUUAGUCAAAAUAACACCACUCCCUUUCCCUUAUCCCUAUUUCCCUUCGCCGGUUAACCCUAGCUUACACAGUUGCACUCUCAGACUCUCUCUCUCUAACUCUCUAAGCGGCUAACCCUAAUUUGGUCUGACUUGUCACUUCGUCGGCCGCCGUUGCCGUCAUUGUAGGGCUGUAGGCAUGUAGUUCUCAACCUAGUGGAAGCCUUCAUCUCCUUGUAGGGUUUACCGUCUCUACUCUCUAACCUAGUGGAAGUCUUUCAUCUCCUUCGUCUCGAGCCGUUGAGGUAUAAAAUACUUAUUCGUAUUAUGGUAAGUUUAGUCCUCGAUGAUGCAUGGAUGUUCUGAGUUGUGAUUAGUCUUGUGAUGUUCGUAUAUUUGUGAAAGUUGCAUGUACAGAUCUGUUCGAAUGUUCGGUUAUCCAGUUGUCCCUGUUAAUUGUUGAUGUAUAUUAGUAUAUUUGUAUAUAUGUACAACUCUUAUGAUCCAUUCAGAAUUUCAAAUCUGUUUAUUUGAAAUAUGAAUGAAGUGUGGAAGCUAAUCAAGCUAUAUAUUCUAUAUUCAUGUGUUGCCUACUGACUACCGUGGAGAUGUCAGAUGUGGUUGUGACUUUUUAUAUGAGUCCAGAUCUGUACAUUUUGUGAUGUAUUUGUAUUAUUGUAUUUGUAUACACCUAUAAGUCCACCUCUGUUACUCUGUAUACUUUGAGAUAAUGAGAUGUGUCAUGUGGAAGUUUAGUAUACACCUAUCAAUAUAUCAUAUGUUGUUUACUUGUUAGUUGUUAUGUUGUUUGUUGUACAUAAGUAACAUAACUGCCUUAUUAUUUUGAUGAAGAAGCC